AAACCUCCAGACCGUCGUGGGCUCCCCAGACUUUGGCCGGGGACCCGUGUGCCCUCCCCCUGCGGACCUGGAGACACGCAGCGCCGAAGGCUUUUCUGGGCCGUCUCGGUGAUCAGAUGGACCUGUACAAGUCCAACCCCUGGGUGUACCGGGCUCUGAUCACAGAACAUCUGUGGAGCGGAGAGUUCAACAUGGUAUUCCAGCUCAUUCAGAACUAUCCAUUUGGCCCCAGUGCUGACCUGGUGCAGCUGUGGGACGAGGCCCACUAUAGACAGGUGGAGAGGAGUACAGGGAAACCACUCACCUCUGUGGGCAAGUUCAGAGUCAGGAAAAGGUUUCCCCCUCCACUCUCCAUCGCCCCUCACGGUCGGAAGAUGCUGACCCUGCACAGGGAAGCCAAGAAGAAGCUCCAGGCCUGGUUCCUGGACCACCUGUACCACCCCUACCCCUCACGGGCUGAGAAAUAUGACUUGGCCAAACUCACUGACCUGACCAUCAAACAGGUCAGCACCUGGUUCCAGAAUACCCGCAGGCGGCUGCACCAACGGCAGGACACAAACUGGGACAAGUCGCCUUGGAUAGAUCUUGAUAUCACAUCGCUGAAGAGGUCACAGAGUUCUCCGGAUGAGGAGCAGUACUAUAAAGAUUGUGGUGUAUCUUCAAGAGUUCAGGAAGAGGACAACAAGAGGGACCUGGAGGAGAAAAAGACAGUUGAUAACAGCAAGGGUCACUUCUCCCUUGGGUACAGUCCAAUCAGUGAAAAUGUCUCUUGCAAUGAAAGUGUAUCAACUGUCAAAAACAUUCAAGGUUUACCACAACUUUCAUACCUUGCUGCCAACAAGAGGUACACACCACAAGGCAGUUGUCAUAAAGGUGAUGGGGAUACCAAGUGUGCAGAAGACAACACCACACAGGACAUAUCAAACGAGUCUGCUCACACCCAAGACAAGUGUCCUUCCCCCAUGUUUGCCUACAAGGAAAACCAGACACACAUAGAUGGUAAAGAAAAGGCAAGUGGCCUUAAAGAACAAUUCCUGCCUUACCUGGAUGAUAACUCCAACCUGCAGCACUGUGCUCAGCUGUGUGCUAUCUGCUCCCAAACCUGCCUCUCAUCAACAUCUGUGCAACCAACAUUCCUACACAUCACAGGUGGGGAUCCACACUCUGCUUCUGCUCACACCAGCUUCAUCCCAGGUCUCUAUCCUGUGCAUGGAGAUGUCUGUAAUGCUGCACAGCAGAUAACACCUGGGGACUCAAGCUCUCCACACCCAGUAACAUAUUGGGGCCCAAACCCGGCAGAACCUUGGGACCCUUACCCUGCUCCUGUGACAGUAUCUGGUGACUGCCUGAUAUACACUGAGCUGCAGACAGUGGCCUCCCUACUGGUCUCUGAUGGUACAGAGAGCACAAAAUGGUACACCUGGCCAACAGCCACAGAUGGCUCUGUUCCCUCCUAUGGACUGGAGAGGCUUGCCCUGGGAGAUCAGCCUGGUGCAGUUGCUGCCCUUUAUUCUACAGACAUAGCUAAUAUUGCUGCUUCCCCUGGUGCUACAGACACAGAUAUUUCUGUUACUGUCUCUGAUGCUCACCCUGGUGCUAUAGACAGAGGUAUUCCUGUAGCUGCUGCCCCUGGUGCUGUCCAUGGUGCUACAGACACAGUCAUUCCUGUAAACAUUGCUGUCCCUGGUGCUACAUGCCCCUAUAUGUCUCCUGCUUUCCCUGGUGCUGUCCAUGAUGCUACAGGCAUAGUUAUUCCUGCUGCUGUCCACAGUGCGACAGACACAGGCUUUCACAUUGCUGUCCCUGGUGCUGAACAGCCUGCUAUCACUGUGGACACGGUGGAAACCUAUCUGAAAAGGGACCCCAACGAGCUGACCAGCGUAGCCUGUGCACUCCUGGACCUGACGUCAAGCUGUGUUGAGUCUUUAGGGAACUGAUCAGAUAAUCAUAGUUUUCUACACAACCUUAUUUUUCUGCUAUAGAAACGUUUCAACAAUCUAUCUGCUUCAUAAGUGUAAAAUAACAUCUACAUGUACAUGUACAUUACUCUCACAUUGAUAGGCAUUAAUGUCUCCAUCAUAAUGAACUUAAACCCCAGGUCAAAACUCUAGCGACCUGUAGAAGACUUUUUUUGUUUCUUAUAGAUUCUUAUAGAAUGUAGUUAUGACUGAUUAGCUCAACCCAAAUAGGCUACAUUUGCAAAGGACUAAUAGUGAUACACAGUUGGUUUGAUCCCAAAUACUUGCAAAGAUGAUUAGGCAAUAACAUUUGUAUGGAAAAUGGAAUGGUAACCACACUAACCUAGCCAAACAUCUUUGUUCCUCAAUUGUUGAUGCAUUCUGAACAUUUCAAUAGAAUGAUCUAUUUGAAAGCUGCCUAGAGUAACGAUGUCAACUAUCUGACUGAACAAGAACUAACAAAGUUAUCAGCAGCAAAACUGUCACCUAUGGUGCUUGAAAGCAGAGUGGGGGACAGAUUUGUUUGCACAUUUGCUCUGAAAAUGUGAUACAAAAAAAGAGCUAGUAAGCUUGAAUUUGUCUUCCCUUCCCGCUAAGCUCUUUAUGUUAACCAUUACUCAUUGGUUGAUCAUGUUUGUUAAUUACUGUUAUGCGAUACAUUUUCUUCCCUUUGAUACUAUAGAAUCCUGUUCAAAUUAAAGAUAAUUUUUUCGAAAGCCAAAUGACUGUUUUGUAAGUGCUAAUUCAAGUUGAAACAGCUGCAAGCAUGGAAAUGUCUUUUUCUGUUGUGUUAGUUGGAAGCUUGUUAACCUAAAUUCAUGGACGAUACCUCAUGCUCAUGGGUACAAAAGUUAGAAUUUGUUAGACGUUUUUUUUACACAUUGUAAUGUACUUGUUUCUAGAAGGUUUCUAUUCGUGUAGUCAAGCUGUUGAAUGUAAUAACGGAAAAGAUUGAAGUAUACAAAUCUGACCAUGUCAAGAGUAUAUUGACAGGAGUACAACUGAACUGAACAACAGUAAAAUUCCAUGGUGCUAUAAUCUUUAUUAUGGCAGUAUAAUACAUACUGAUAUAAAAUAACACUGUCCAAAACUAGUGCAUGAAAUACCAGAGAUCAUUCUAUGAUCCAUAUUCCAGUAAAGAAAUUAUACCAUUGUAGGAAUGCAAUAGAAUAUCAGUCAGAAUAUCCCCUGACAUUUAGAAAAGGCAAAAGAAUCAAGAUAAAUAACCAGCCACCUACAGGCUUUCUUUUUCCUUAAGUACUGCUACUGAAGAAGAAAAGCAAUUCCCUUAUCCUUUUAACACUUGCAAUUGUGUAUUUACAUGUACACCAUCUACAU